GUUUCUGAUACCCACGAAGAAAAGAUGAUGACCAAUUGUGUCUUGUCUCUAAAGAGUAAUAGCGGACAUGAUCAGUCAGCUAUACCGUGAGAGUCGGGUCUACUAUUAUCUCUUGUCUGUGCACAGGGUCGCUCUCUUUCGAAGGGCCAAAAGUCAGGCAAGCUACGGUACAGACCGAAUUUUUGCGUAGUAAUGCGGUCAUUGCAAAUUUCAAGUUUUUUAUAGGUUUUUUUUUUUUUUCCUCCCAAGAAUGUUAUCCGUCGGCUGAUGUGGACUCGCGGAAUUUGUAUGUGUUUUGGUUCAGGUUCUUGUUUUUUUACCGCGUGGUCGGUUACUGUUAACAAUUUUCGCCCUGUGCCUGCCUCGCUUGGCAAGCAAGUUUGACAAUGGUUCGCCAGGAGCCCUCCUUGCCCUACUCCCUGACAAGCCCAGGUACCCGGGCAGCUUCUGUUGUCAUCGAAGCUUUUUGUGGAGAUUUCGGACUGUUGGUGGGACCCGACAGCCUUAUGUGGGACAUCCCCGUGAAUUUUGAACUCCUUCCCACGUAUACCACCGGGUGGGUAAGGUACACAUCAACGCCCGACGCCAUGGCAGCGCCUGGUUUUCACUAUGUACGAAGUAAUCAACGUAGGAAACAUGGGUUUCUAAGAUUACACGCAUGAGAAAAAAAAGAGUCAUCGUUUCUGCUCAGCCUUUGGGCAUUUUGAUGUUAUCCAGUCCUUCUAGGACAAGUGGACUAUUUUCAGCUCACCGACAUUGACAGUCAC